CAGCUGGGGCUUCCUGCGGCCGGGGCCGCGCCGGGCCCGCCCGCGCCUCCGCUCCGACACCGGCACCGAGACCGGAACCGACAGCGGUACUGACACCGACACCGGCACCGACACCGGGCCGCCAUGGCGCACUCGGCGCCGCUCGGCCUCCUGGAGCAGGGCUGCCCCAUCCAGGUGGAGCACGAUCGCAAGCGGCGGCAGUUCACCGUGCGGCUCAACGGUUGCCACGACAAGGCCGUGCUGCUCUACGAGUACGUGGGGAAGCGCAUCGUGGACCUGCAGCACACGGAGGUGCCCGACGCCUAUCGAGGGAGAGGAAUUGCCAAGCACCUGGCAAAGGCAGCCCUGGACUUUGUGGUGGAGGAGGACCUGAAGGCGCACCUGACGUGCUGGUACAUUCAGAAAUACGUCAAGGAGAACCCUCUGCCGCAGUACCUGGAACAUUUGCAGCCUUAAGGCAGGACUGCUCCCUCACCAGCACACCUGGCCCUGACUGUUCAAGGCGGCCUUGGCUUCUCUGCAGUCUCAGGAACCCCCUUCCCACACUGGCAAUUCCCGGUUUUUUAGCAUGUGUGAGUGUGGGCACCUCCUCCUCCUCCUCUGUGC